AUGAAUCUCCUUCAUUCGGCUCUAGAUAAAGUGCGUGACCGAUAUGCACCCAUCAAGCAUACUUCGACCUUUCGAUCGACCGGCCAACUCACUCCCGAGGAAUUCCUUCUGGCCGGAGACUAUCUGGUAUACAAGUUCCCCUCCUGGUCCUGGUCUGACGCCUCCAGCCCAGCGCGACGGGUCAACUACCUGCCUGCGGGGAAACAGUUCCUCAUUACACGUGGGGUGCCCUGCCACAGACGUCUAGAUGAGAACUUCGCCGGCGGCAACGGUGCGGCGGACGAUCUUGUCCGGGAUGGCUUUCUGGGCGGUCCGGACAAUGAGACUGGUGGCGAUGACGAGGGUUGGCUCCGAACGGGAGGGACGACAGAAAAGGAGCAGGAGGGCCUAAGAGGAGAGGUCCGCACCAUGAGUGAGAGCGGGCAGCUGGGCAAGAGGGCCAGUGAAGAAGAAGACGAAGAAGAAAUCCCGGACAUGGAGGAUGAGGAUGAUGACAAUGAAGCCAUCAUCCGAGACAAGGGCGAAGGUGCUUCGGCCCCACUGCGGACUUACACCCUCUAUAUUACCUAUACGCCCUACUACCGCACGCCUCGAAUGUACCUCUCCGGUUACCUUUCGCCGUCGGAACCGCUCCCUCCACAUCUCAUGAUGGAAGACAUUGUCGGUGACUACAAAGACAAGACCGUCACUCUUGAAGACUUCCCGUUCUUCGACACCAGUGUGAAGAUGGCUUCCAUCCAUCCCUGCAAGCACGCCAGCGUCAUGAAGAUCCUCCUUGAUCGCGCCGAUGCGGCGUUGAAGCUCCGACUGCAGAAACAGUCGGCCGGCGAGGCCGCGCCAGCCAAUGCGUCGGGGAUGGAAGGCCUCAUCGACGACACGGCCAGACUGAGUCUGGGAGACAAACGACAAGUAGAAAACCGAGGACACGAAGCAGGUGUCAAGGCUGCCACUGGCGGAGCGGGCGGCGAUGAAUGGGAAGUGUUGGAUGAGCAAGAUGCCGAUAAAGAAGACGAGAGCGACAAGGUGGCCAUCCGGGUCGAUCAGUAUCUCGUUGUAUUUUUGAAGUUCAUGGCUAGUGUCACGCCCGGCAUCGAACAUGACUUUACUAUGGGCGUUUGA